GGCUUUCGGAUGAUUAGCGCAUGCGUACUAGAAUUCUAGCUGUCAGUCUGCAAUAAAGGGUGGAGAUGGACAGCGGGGAGACUCCAGCCGAACGGCCAGUCACCUUGGACAUCACGGUGGAGGAUGUUCCUAAAGAAGCUACCGCUCCAGCAUCCCCAGAGCCUUCAACCAGCUAUGUCCCCUCUGAUAAAAGUGAACCACCUCAGGAGGAAACCAUUGAUCUUGGUGGGGACCUUACCACACCUCAAGAGGAUAGCAGUGCUACACCUUCUGAGAGCAUAUUGGAUAAACUUAAUGAUCAAAUGAUGGAAAGUGUGAUGAUUUCAGACUCCCCAAACAACAGUGAAGAGGAUGAUGUAGCUGCUAUGGACUCAAUUCUGGAUGCAGAUGAAGGGGAGCCUACCAGUAAAACAGAAAAUACCGGGAACAAAGAGGAAGAGGCAGAGAUUGGACAAAAUACAAAAGAGAUUGUUUUCUUAUUGGAAGACAAAGAUGCAGAGGAAAAAGUAGCAGAGAAUUCAAUGAAAGACACCGACAGUCAGCAAGAUGACACAUGCAGUAAUUUAACUUUAGACAACAAAACAUCAGAAGAAAAUAAGGUCCAGGCACCAGUGGAAACCAAAACUGCAAGCCCAAAUGAGGAAUCUAUCCCUGUUUGCACCAUCUUCAGCCAUGGAACCCAGCCUAAAGCCUUAGUCCCUGAUGGAUUUCAACCAACCCUUAUAAAGUCUCCCAGUUUUGGCAUGAUGAGCACAGCGGUGAGUGAAGAGGCUGUGACCCCCAGUAAACUGCAUGCCCCGCUCGUAAGUCAGCCUAGCCCGAGUCUUAGUAAAUUCUUCUCUGACAAUGGACAGACCAAUCCAGCUUCAGACUUCUUUGACUCCUUCACUGUCCCCUCCUCAUUUAUUUCAGUUUCUAACCCUAAUGCAGAGCUGCCCUCUAGCCCCACACCAGAGCGCCAACUUUCCUCUACCUCCUCGUCUAUUUCAACCCCAGUGGCAACAGUGGACUUUGGGACUCCUACCUCCGUAUUUGCACCCACCCUAAAUGAAUCAUCAAAAACUAUAACUCCUCAGACACCCCCUGUCCCAGUAACUACAGCAGCUCAGCCGAAGCCGUUCAACCAGCUGCAGUCGGUGUUUUCAAGCAGUGACGACCCGUUUGCCACAGCUCUGAGUCUAAGUGAAGUGGACAGGCGUCAUGAUGCCUGGCUGCCGUCGGAGGAGACCAGGAAGGUUCUGAUUUCUGUGGCCACUCAGCAGUACAGCCCAGCCUAUGUGGAUUCCAGCAAACUCACUAUGCCAGGCCUCAAGUUUGACAACCUACAGGGUGAUGCAGUCAAAGAUCUGAUGCUACGUUUACUUGGAGAGCAGGCCGCUGUGAAGCGCCAGGUCCUCACAGCCAACUCAGUGGACCAGUCCUUCUCCGGCCUCAAACAGCUAAUUAGCACUAAGAACUGGCGUGCCGCGGUGGACUUGACGGGCCGGCUGCUGACAGCUCAUGGUCAGGGAUAUGGGAAAGCGGGCCAGGCAACCUCCCACACCACCGACUCUCUGCAGCUUUGGUUUGUGCGGCUGGCGUUACUGACCAAGCUGAACCUGUUCCAAAAUGCUGAGCUGGAAUUUGAGCCCUUUGGCAAUCUGGACCAACCAGACCUUUACUAUGAAUACUACCCCAAUGUUUAUCCUGGAAGGAGAGGCUCCAUGGUUCCGUUCUCCAUGCGACUGCUGCAUGCUGAGCUCCCACAAUACCUGGCCAAGCCCCAGGAGGCACUGGACCGGCUGCACACUCUCCGAACUGUCUGCCUCGCUAUUCUGGAGAACUUGGAAAAGGGCUUGGCAGAGGACGGUAGCAUGAUCACGCUAACACAGGAGAAUAGGCAAGCGUCCCUGAAGCUGUGGAAGUCUCGCCUCAGCCGGGUCAUGUACUCCAUGGCCAACUGCCUGCUGCUGAUGAAGGAUUACAUUCUUGCUGUGGAGACCUAUCAAUCCAUUAUCCAAUAUGAACCCAAGCAGAAAGUGCAGCUUCUCAGUGCUAUUGGACGCAUCUUCUUACAGAUUGGAGAUGUUAAAACUGCAGAGAAAUACUUCCAGGAUGUUGAGAAGGUGUGCCAGAUGAAAGGAUGCCAGCCUGGUGACAGCACGUGCAUGGUGAUGAACAGAGCAUUUGUCUACCUCAGUCAGAAUAAUUAUGCCGAAGCGCACUCAUCGUUUACUGAAGUAUUGCAGAUUGACCCCAAAAACCCUGUGGCUAACAACAAUGCAGCUGUGUGCUUGCUGUAUCUGGGCCGUCUGAAGGAGUCCUUGGGUCAGCUGGAGGGCCUGGUACAACAGGACCCAGCCCAGUACCUCCAUGAGAGCGUCCUCUUCAACCUCACCACUAUGUACGAGCUGGAGUCUUCGCGCAGCACCCAGAAGAAGCAGGCCCUCCUGGAGGCAGUGGCCGGCCGGGAGGGAGACAGCUUCAACACACAAUGUCUCAAACUGGUCUAAGAAAUACACACCACUUAUUCCAGUGUGGAAAAUGGGAUCAGAUAAGUUUAUCUUUUAGCUUAAAAACAUAUCAAAGCCAUUUCUUCACGUGGUCACUAUUGGACUUUGAAAGGACUCUGUAAGAUGUCUGCUUUAUAUUGCAAACCAUGUAAAUACUUCCAUACUUCCAACUUUUAAAUAUCAACUUUCUGCAUUGAAGAAGAUCAUAACAUACAGUUAAGAAACUAUGUUAAAUGGCCGAGAGAUGCUGAAAGCAUCUUGACAAGGAAAGAAAUACCUAUAUUUUUAAAUGUUGCACCAUACAGGAGGCAUUUGUCUGCUUUAAGGCUUAUUCACCAAUGUGUUAUCAUGAUGUUGUCAAUAUUACUUUUGACUUUCACUCAAGAACACCAUAAACAAAUAAUACUUAAUGGCUCAAUAUAAUGGAUAAUGACUGAUAUUUCAGCAUAAAUGAAAAUAUCACACUGGUCUGAUACAGUGUAAAUGUGGCAUGAAACUUUAAAUUAUAUUUUAUGAACCACACAUUUUAAAGACAUUAUCUUCUAGUCUGUUGCAAAGGCUCCAGCUUCAUGCUUUAGUUUUUACAAAUACUUAACAAGGGAAUAAGAAAUGUAUACUUGGCAGUAUUUGAAAAAUGCCUUUCUCGGUUCUUAAUCAGAAAUGCACCAAAAGUUAGCAGGACAAAGUUGUUGAACAGAGCAGACCUGUUCAUUGCACUACAGAUUGGCAGUGGUUUUAAGGGAGUUUCAGCCUCAUAAUGUGAGACUUGACA